AUGUGCAUCAAGUUUUCAGAUGACUUGGGAAUGGAUGAAGAGGCUGUGGACCUUGGUGGCCCUAGGAGAGAAUUUUUACAGUUGCUCAUGGAAGCCUUGGCUCUGUCACCAAUGUUUGAAGGAAGAGAUGGCAAAUUGAACUUGGCUUUGGACAGUUCAGCUUUAAGACAAGAUUGAUACUUUGAUGCUGGCGGGGCCAUUGCUGUAAGUCUUGUCCAUGGCGGUCCUCCACCAGGAUUCAUUGCACCAACGCUGUUUUCUCGUCUAGUUGGUGGCAAUUCCUCCAUAAAGCCUGUCUUGGAAGACAUUGCCAAUACAGACCUAUAUGAGAAGGUUAAAAAGGUGUCUGAAUGCACGUCUUUGGAUGAACUGUUACAUGCCACUGAACCAUUACAAGAUUACCUGGCAAAUGCUGGGUGUCUCAGGUCAUUGAAAUCCAUUGAAGACAGAGACCUGCUGGUUGAAGAUAUUCUCAUGUUUCAGGUGGCCCACAGAGUCUGCGGGGCAUUUGAAAGAUUCAGGGAGGGACUAAAGACCCUUGGUGUCCUGGAUGCAAUCUGCAUGCAUCCGGACAGUUUUAGACCCUUAAUGUGUCACGAACCAUCCCCACUCACUGCUGACUUAAUGGAUCACCUUUUCCACAUCCGGCUGUCUGCAGUGGGAAGCAACAAGAGAAGGGCAGAGGAACGUGUUGUUCCCUUCUGGAGAGAUUACCUGCAGGAUGUUGAAGAUCAAGAGGGACAAUCAAAGCUAAGUAAAAUCUUAGCUUUUGCGACAGGUGCAAGUGUCAUCCCUCCAGUUGGAUUCUCCCCUCAACCAUCAAUUGAUUUCCUGCAUGAUCAGUCUGUCAGCUCUAGACGUCAUUUGCCUAUGGCAAUCACCUGCAUCAACUGCCUUAAGUUACCACUGCUUGACACAUAUGAGGAUUUUAGGGAGACUAUGGACUUUGCAGUAGGUGAUACACAGGGUUUUGGUAGAGAAUAAUGGAGGAAACAAUGCUGUUGAGGAUGUUUCAGUUAUAUUAACAAAUGAGCUACUGUGUGUUUUAAAAAAAUAUUGCAUUUGAUGCAAACUAUUAGUUUGAAAAUUGAAUUGCUUUUUCUGUGAUAAGCCAGAACUUUUUUUGUUUUGUUUUUAAAACCAAUGCAUUCAUAUAAAAUUCAUAUAAAAUUUUCUUUAUCCUUCAGAUUCCUUUUUGUUCAACUAACUAAAAUAAUGGAUGGAUAAUGAUAUGAAAACAAAUUAAAAUGUUAGUUUUCAAAUGUUAGCCAUUGUGAACUGUUAAGCACUUUUCAUAAAAGCACUAUAUAAAUGCAGACAUUAACAAUUUAUCUUUUACAAAGCAUCCAACAGGAUUCAGGCACUAAAGAAGCUGUUCACUAAGAAAAUUUACCAGGCCUAAAAAUGUUGUAUGCCAUGGUUACUGUCAUCAAUUAGUGGGUCUACUGUUUCUUGAAUUCUGUUC